UUAAUAAUAACGCGUUUAUAUUUUUAAAAACAAACAUUGAGAAGCCUUUAACAUAAACGUUUAUCAUGAUCCGCAUUUUUAAUGCGUCAACAACGGAAAGGAUGUCACUAUAAUCGAGAAAGUACAAAUGAAUUUCUGCAAAGAAAACCCGACAGACCAACGGCCUAUACCAUCUUUGUGCCCCACGGGAUUGACGAUAGCGAUUUUUGUCAAAUUUGAUCACCACGAGACAGCAUUCCAAGCAUUAGCUUAUCGACAACACUAAAGGCAGUUGCUGUAAACAGCAAGGCUGUUUCUCGACUUUUUUUUGUUAACUCUGCGUUAGAGAUUACCAAUAUUCAGGACAGAAGGAUAAAAUGUAAAAUACAGACGGCCGAAAGAUAACAGGGUACAAAAAGACGGGAAAUUAAAACGGAGAAAUUCCAGAAGUAUAUACAUACGGUUGCCAUGCCCCCGAGAGCCUAGUGUGUAACUUGAGUACAAUACUCUUAUCACACUGCGCUGCGUUGCAAGUGCUAUUUAUAACUGUCUGCCGACUGGAAUAUUUUGUGUAUACCUAUAAUUUUAAGCGCUAUUUUCUGGUAGCGGUCCUUCAGUAUUUCUGCCAAGUAUUUUUGGGAAUACUCUUGUCAUUCUACGGGCAAAGAAGUCGUGAUUUGAUAUAUGACACAACUCGAACAUCUGGCAAAGAUACGCAACAACACCAAAAGAUGACUGCGCUGAGACGAUUACUCUUGAUAUUUGCCAUCGCCAUGCUUUUCUAUUCCGCUUAUAACACUCACGCACAAGACGUGGAUGAAUGUGCAUUAAAAACUAAUAAUAGUUGUCAUAGUCAAGCUACGUGCAGAAAUGAUACUGGAUCAUACACAUGUAUAUGUAAUUACGGAUUCUCAGGAAAUGGAACAAUUUGCGAAGACAUUGAUGAAUGCCAGUCGCAACUUCACAUGUACUUUUGCCAUCCUCAAGUCACUUGUGUGAAUACAAUUGGAACAUACGUUUGUGUCUGUAAUAAAGGAUUUUCAGGAAAUGGAAAAAUUUGCGAAGACGUGGAUGAGUGUGCGUUAGGGACUCAUCAAUGUCCUUCUCAAAACUCGUGCAACAAUACUAUUGGAUCAUACGUUUGUACAUGUGGCGAAGGAUUCACGGGAAAUACCACAAUCUGCGAAGACAAAGAUGAAUGUGCGUUGGGUAACCAUGCUUGUCAUUCUCAAGCAACGUGCAACAAUACAAUUGGAUCAUACACCUGUUCUUGUAACGAAGGAUUUACAGGAAAUGGCACCAUCUGUGCAGACGAAGAUGAAUGUGUGUUAGAGACCCACAUUUGUGAUUUAAAUGCACGGUGCAACAACGCUAUUGGCUCAUACACGUGCACUUGUAACAAAGGAUUCACAGGAAAUGGAACCUUUUGUAAAGACCAAGAUGAAUGCAUGUUGAAAAACCAUAGUUGCCAUUUUUAUGCGACAUGCAACAAUACUAUUGGCUCAUACGCCUGUACGUGUAAAAACGGUUUUUUGGGAAAUGGGACCAUCUGUAAAGACGAAGAUGAAUGUGCGUCGGGUAACCAUAGUUGUCAUUCUAAAUCCACGUGCAACAAUACUAUUGGAUCAUACACCUGUUCUUGUAAUGAAGGAUUUACGUGGGAUGGAAAAGAUUGCAAAGCAUUAGACGAAGAUGAAUGUGCGUUGGGUCACCAUAGAUGUCAUUCUCAAGCCUCGUGCAACAACACCAUUGGGUCAUACACCUGUUCGUGUAAUAAAGGAUUUACAGGAAAUGGAACAUUUUGCAGAGUGUUAAAAGACGACAAAUGUUUGUUGGGAACCCACGGAUGUCAUCUUUAUGCCUCGUGUAGCAAUAUCAAUGAUUCGUACACCUGCACUUGUAAUGCGGGAUUUUCAGGAAAUGGGACUGAUUGCAAAGACGUAGAUGAAUGUGAGCAGAAAACUUAUCGUUGCCAUAGUAAUGCCACGUGCAAAAAUAACAUUGGAUCGUACGCCUGCGAUUGUAACGAAGGAUUUAUGGGAAAUGGAACAAUUUGCGAAGACAUUGAUGAGUGUACGUCGUACCUUCACAUGAUGUACAGUUGCCCUUUGGAAACCACUUGCAGAAAUACAAUUGGAUCAUUCGACUGUGCUUGCAAUAAAGGGUUUACAGGAAUCGGGAUUUGCAGAGACGAAGAUGAAUGUGCGUCGGGUAAUCAUAGCUGCCAUUCUCAAGCAACUUGCAACAACACUAUUGGAUCAUACACCUGUUCUUGUAAUAAAGGAUUUACAGGAGAUGGAAAAGAUUGCAAAGAAUCUCGUCAAGUUUGUUUCUCGGCGAGAAAUAAAUCAAACGACGAAAUGGACAGACUGAUUAAGAAGCUAAACGAGCUCCAUCGUGAAAACAAAUCAGAAGAAGAACGAAAAAAAGGUGCGCAAGAGAUUAUAAACGAUCUGGCCUGCCUCACAAAUCUUGACUCUGUUGGAGUUGAACCCAACGGAACGAAUCAACAAAAUUUACCGCAGGCCGUAGAAAUACUUCAAAGACUUGUUUCUCUAAAUAUUUCGGAUAAAAAUUUUGACCUUCUGCGUCCUGCAAACAAUAUAUUGGAUCCUAGAAAUGCGAUCUCUUGGAGCUCUAUGAAGGACGGGAAAUUAAUCCGAGAACUGGUGAUGACUUUGCAAACGUACGGAAUCCAGCUAGGAAAUAUCUUAAAAAGCGAUGCAUCCUCGUCCUCUACGUCCCGUACCCAAUCAAACGUACAAUUGCGGGUCAAAUACAUGAAUCAAAGUCGCUUGGCACAAGGAGAAGGACUCUUCACUUUUCCGAACGCAUCCUUCAAUAUUUCACGUGAUGCACUUCCGAAGGAUUCUCGUGCUGUGGUAGCAGUCGUUUGGUAUAAAACAUUAAGCAGCUUUCUGGUGGACAAGGUGCAUGCUGAAGGUGAUACUGAAGGUAGUAUAAAGAGUACAAUCAUCAGCGCAACAGUUCGACCUCAACCACUGAAGACGCCUUUUAAAGAACCUGUUCGUAUCAGCUGGGAAACAAGCGAGUCAGGAAAGGGCGAAUUUAGGUCAUGUGCGUACUGGAAGCCAGAAAUAAGUGAAAGUAAAUGGAAAACAGACGGAUGUCAAGGAGUUACAGCCAAGCCGAGUAGCACCCGGUUUACAUGUGAAUGUUUUCAUCUAACAGCUUUCGCUUACACCGACAUUUUAAAAGAAAAGAUAAGCGAAGAAGAACGAAGGAGUGUCCAUGCGAUGUCCAUCGUUGGCUGUAGCAUCUCACUGGUUUGUGUAUUGCUUGCGAUACUCGCACACUAUUUCUGGUGGAGACGACUUGACGAGACGGCCAUAGUUCCAACAAAACUCUUCAUGAAUCUCUGCGCUGCGAUUGCAAUGGCAAAUUUCUUUUGCAUCCUCGCUGAAUCUGCACUAAGUUAUGAGACGUUCUGUACAGUUUCAUCAACAUUUUUGUAUUUGUUUGUCUUGGUUCUUUUUGGAUUGAUGUUAUGCGAAGGAAUCAUGAUUUACCUUCGACUUACAAAUGUCUACUUUGUUUCCGGUUGGGGAGGGAAAUAUCUGAAGGCAUUCUACGCUUUUUGCUGGGGAAUACCAGUAAUCAUUGUGGUGUUAUUGGCUGCAGCAAUUAGUGGCGAAGGUGAUUUCAUAACCGAAUAUGCAUGUUGGUGCCGUAAAGGAAGUCCACCAUUUUGGACUUUUAUUGUUACUCUGUGUGCAAUCAUACUGAUCAACUUAGUCAUCUUUCUUCUGGUGUUGCGGCAUGCUUCAUUCUCCCGAGGUUCGAGCAUAACCCGUCCGAGAGAUGAUAGCAAAAAUAAAAGCGCGACCUUUUCUGUGAAAGGUGCUGCGGUGCACCUUAUUCUUCUUUUUCUCACAUGGAUGUUUGCUCUACUUGCGUUCCAUGAAAAUAAAGAUGUGUUUAGAUAUCUUUUUGCCAUAUUCAACAUCUUGCAGGCAGCACUGAUGUUGGUUGUUUGUCACUUGACUUUGAAUAGAAAGAUGCCCAGAGAAGAGGGAUUACAUGAGGAGGAAGGCACUGAAAAGACCCCAAUGGCGACUUCACCACUUUAAAUUGUGUCAAGCAAUCUACAUGACGGGCAGCUUGAAAUUUAAAAAAAGAAGACCGUAGAACAGUCAACUAGAUGUAGGGUAUAUAAUUAAACUAGUUAGAAUGUAAAAUAACACCAAGACUAUUUUAGGAACGCUAAAGCCUGCCGCACACGAGAGCUAUCAGCUGAGCUAACGACCACGCGAGGCAGUUAGUGCAGCCCGAAAACCAUCUGCACACGUAAGAAACUACCUCUCGAGGCGAAUUCCUCAUGAAAACUAUCCGCACACGAGAGUAACUUACUUGCUUGCUGAGCUAACAGUGUCACGAGGUCCUUAGCUCAGCUAUUAGGGACCUUACGCUACACCAAAUCUACGACGCGGACGUGAAGUAAUACUAAAAUUAUAGACUCCUUUUGGUAAACAAGGUCAGAGCUGUAUUUAAAACGAAUUAAAACUGGUUUUCUAACAAUUCCGGCUGAUUUCAUGUCACGUCCGCGCCGUAGAUUUGGUGCAUCUUAAGGUCCCUAGCUCUCAUGUGCGGCGGGCUUAAGAUUAUCCCAAAGAUCGUAAUAGGCGGGAGUUUUAUUUUGCGAUGAAUUUCAAAACCUAAUCUACUGUUUAGGUUAGACAAAGUAAACCUACUUAGUUCUCUGUUGCGAUUUUGAGGCUAUAGUUUAAUGUUAUUUUAAUCCUUGAUAGUUAUAUGUUCGUUUCGUGUAAAAU